AUGAAUGAUUUGCAUAAAGAGUUCGAUGAUGAAUGCUUGAUAUUUUUGCUUAUGGCACGGAACAGAGAAGUCCGUCAGCUCGUUGUGUUCUUUUCGUUGAAACUUGAUUUGCCGAUGAAAGGACCAAAAGUUGCAAUGCGAUUGCAACAUAGUAAUGUGAUACCGCUGAGGAGUUCAUGUCAUUAUAAGAUGCAAUUGUGCGGAUGGAAACGUGCUUUGAUUAUUGAUCCUGCGGGUGGUGUCAAAGGUUAG